CUGAAGGGUCCUUUCUCUCGCGCCUAAUCCGGGCGCUGCGGCGGAGGCGGUGACCUCGGCUCCGGCUUCCCCCGGUUCAUGUUUUUAGCCCGUUCCUUGGUAAAGAUGGCAGCCAAUAAUGCAGUAUUGAACAGACUGGAGCAAAAGGGUGCAGAGGCGGAUCAAGUCAUUGAAUACCUCAAACAGCAAGUUGCUCUUCUAAAGGAGAAAGCUAUUCUGCAGGCAUCUCUCCGAGAAGAGAAGAAGCUUCGUGUAGAAAAUGCUAAACUGAAGAAAGAAAUUGAGGGACUGAAACAGGAGCUGAUUCAGGCAGAAAUUCGGAAUGGAGUGAAACAUAUCCCAGUUCCAUCCAGUGGAACCAUUUCAGCAGCUUCAUUUUCGGAAGACUUACCACAGCCUACACCUGUCACAUCCUCUCCUUCUGGUCCCAAAGACCAAAUUAAAGGUGGAAGUGAAGAAAAGAAAAAAAAGGAGAAAGCAGAAAAAAAAGGAGAGAAGAGGGAGAGGAAGCAACCGCCAGCAGCUGGGAGUGAUGACUCCAGACCUAUGGAUGUUUCUCGUCUGGACCUUCGUGUCGGUUGUAUCAUCACUGCAAAAAAUCACCCUGAUGCGGAUUCUCUAUAUGUCGAGGAGGUGGAUGUUGGAGAAGCAAACCCAAGAACUGUUGUCAGUGGCUUAGUAAAGCAUGUGCCUCUAGAACAGAUGCAGAACCGGAUGGUAGUAUUACUCUGUAACCUGAAGCCUGCAAAGAUGAGGGGAGUGGUAUCCCAAGCAAUGGUGAUGUGUGCCAGCUCACCAGAGAAGGUGGAGAUCCUUGAUCCCCCCAGUGGGGCUGUUCCUGGAGAAAGAAUCACUUUUGAAGUUUUUCCUGGAGAACCUGAGAAGGAACUUAAUCCCAAGAAGAAGAUCUGGGAGCAGAUUCAACCUGACCUUCAUACUAAUGACCAAUGCAUUGCUACAUACAAAGGAGUUCCAUUUGAAGUGAAGGGGAAGGGGGUCUGCAGGGCUCAGACCAUGGCCAGCAGUGGAAUCAAAUAAAUAAAGCCAAUUACUGAGAAACUGUUCAGAGGCUUAAAUGGAAAGCAGUGCAAGCACAAUAAAGACAUGAAUAUAUACCCUCCGCCCCCCCCCCAGGCAUGACUGAUUCAUUUUUCUUUUAUCUCUUCUUCUCCAAAGGUAUGAAUUUGUGACUGACAUUUUCAAAAUACACUCAUUCAUCUUGUUCACUUUGCAGAUUAGACUAAUUAAAUAAUGUGCACAGUUAUUAACUAGGUAGAUUAAAUGUUUGAGCCUUUUUCAAUGGAAUAAGGGGUGCAGAUCCUGAGGAUAUUUGAGCUUAGUUUAGAAAGGGAUGGAGAAGUACUCUACACUCUAAACCAGUGGUUCUCAACCUGCGGUCCAGUCAGCACUGAGCUGCGGCUCAUGUGACAUCCUCAGGGCCAUACAAGUAGUAUUGGUUGCGGCCCACAAUGAUAAAUAGGUUGAGAACUACUGCAACCCACAGAGUUACUCAGGAAGCAGGGGCCUCAUGGAUAAAGGUCUCUAAUGCCAGGUAUUCAGGUAAUGUAGAGUUAGUGAUCUGACAGUGGAUAGGUGGAACUCAUGAUAUGUCAUAGUCCUCUGCCCGUGUAGUUUUGGGCUGCUCCUAAGCAGAGACUUCUAAUUUAACUGAAGUGAAUGUGGUGGAUCAUACCCGUAAAUCAUCACUGAAGAAUAGAUUCUGACCAACAAAAUUAAUUUAAUUCAAUUUUAGUACUGCACUGAUGCAUGAAACAAAAAUCAAGUGAAUCCAUUUUUGUAUUUUAACUCCUACAUGAAAUUUCUUCAGACAUACAUUGUAUACAGAAUCACAUACUUUACUGAAACAGGAACAGCUAAUUUAAUUUUUACACUUUAAAAUAAGCUAUUUUACUGCAUCACAUGUUAAAAGGAAGUAGCCACAAUUAAUAUAAAGUCAUGAGCUGGCAAUGGCAGCACUAUAUCAAUUCACAACUAACCUUUUCAAAUCCCCAAUAACUGUUUAAAUAUACUUCCAAGUGUUUGUGUUUCAUUUACUGUCCAUCUAUUGUCUAACCACUGAAAUAAUAAAAUAAAUUUCUCAGUCU